CGUCCCUUCAGGUUCUCAGCUGAACUCUGACCUACGCCACUUCCUCAAGCACGCAUUCGCCAAAGGCUCGGCAGACUUUGAGCUCCAGGAGUGUAUUCGCCAAAACCUGUACAUCCGGGCAGUGCCAUGGAACUAUUACGGGACGCCAGUGCCGCCCAUCCUGCCCACAGAUGCCACGCUAACCCUGGAGCCCUCCAUGCUGAGGGCGCGGGCGCGGAGCAAAUCGUUGCCGAGCGGGACCGAGACGCAGUCGACCAAGGAGGCAGCUGAAGGGGGUCAGGCUGGAGGGAGGCCGCAGGUCCCAGGAGCUGCCAGCAACGGGUGUGUGACCGGCUCGACCUCCGAUCAGUACGUGGCUGCAGCAGGUGGAGAGGGCACAGAGCACGAUGGGAUCAGGGCACAGCCCGGGGACCAGGGGCACGACAACGCUUCCAGCAGGGAAACCCAUCCUACUGGGAAUGUCCCCAAACGGGCAUCAAUCCCACG